AACAAGCCUAGCUCGUGAAGGUGGAGCCUCUGUUGGUCGGGGGCGGGGCUAAGGGGCGUGCUCUGUGUCUAUGUCACUCUCUCUCUCUCUCUCUCUCUCUCUCUCUCUCUCUCUCUCUCUCUUACCCAUCUUUUCUCUGGCUGCCUGUUCUUGAUGAGAACAGAGAGGAUUGCCUUUCCUUUCUUCAACAUGAGGCAGCUGCUGCUGUUCCCAUACUGUCUCUCUAUCUCUAUCUCUCUUUCUCUACCUCUCUCUAUCCCUCUAUUCUUCUGUACUUCUCUACCUCUCUCUCUCUCUCACUCCCUCUCUCUCUGAGUGAGUGAGCCUGAGGAGUUUGGGAGCGGGACAGCCACGGCGCGGAUUAGCCCCCAGGGAGGGGGCUUCGGGAGGGAGGGGAGGGGGGGUAACAUCCCGGGGGCAGGAGCUUUCUAUUCUACCCCCCUCACCAGGGGCAGAGAGGGAGAAAGAAGGGAGGAGGAAGAAGGAGAAGAGAAGCAGCGUGGUGGUUCUUUUCUUCCUGAGGAGAGCAGCUCGGAUUUGCUUUAUGCUCUUUCGUUCUUUCUUGGCUUCUGGAGUUCUGGACUUUGGGACAGGAGAGUGCGGACCACAGUGGACAGGACCCCCACAACUUGAACACACAUGCACACAAGGACCUUGGUCAAGCGUCCAACAGUAGAUGCAUGCCUAGGGCGACUCAGAGGCUACGGAAAGCUGGCACCUGCCAGCCCCUGCCUAGUCGGAGGUGGCUCUCAGCCUGACAUCCUGGCGCUUUGAUGAGGUAACAGCAGGCGCCAGACGACCAACCCGUCCAGCUUAGCUCCACCCCCUCCCCUUUCCCCUUUCCCCUUUCCUCCUACGCCGAGGGUCACCAUGGGUCAGAAGAUCUCGGGCAGCAUCAAGUCGGUGGAUGUACGGGGCGAACCCUCAUACCGCCCGCUCCGGAGGGAGCUCCGUGGGCCGGACUUCUUCAAACCCGCCCGGUUGGACUUACUGCUGGACAUGCCACCGGCACCCUAUGAGCUGCAGCUGCGGCAUGCCUGGAAUGCCGACGAUCGCUCGCUCAACAUCUUUAUCAAGGAUGACGACAAAUUGACCUUCCACAGGCACCCCGUGGCCCAGAGCACAGACUGUAUCCGCGGGCGUGUGGGUUACACGCGUGGCCUCCAUGUCUGGCGCAUCCAUUGGCCUUCCAGGCAAAGGGGCACGCAUGCUGUAGUGGGUGUGGCCACUGCUGAGGCGCCCUUGCACUCGGUGGGGUACACAUCCCUGGUGGGCAGCGACGGCGAGUCCUGGGGCUGGGACCUGGGCCGUAACAAGCUCUACCACAACAGCAAGAAUCGCCCGGCCUCAUCGUCGCCUACCUACCCUAGCUUCCUGGAGCCUGAAGAGGCCUUUGUGUUGCCCGACACCCUGGUGGUGGUGCUGGACAUGGACGAGGGCACGCUCAGCUUUAUGGUGGAUGGACAGUAUCUUGGCGUGGCCUUUAGAGGGCUUAAAGGAAAGAAGCUGUACCCUAUCGUCAGUGCUGUUUGGGGACACUGUGAGAUCACCAUGCGAUACAUCAACGGAUUAGAUCCGGAACCCUUGCCUCUAAUGGACCUGUGCCGGCGUGCGGCGCGGCUAGCCCUGGGCCGGGACCGGCUGCAGCAGAUCGAGACACUGCCUCUGCCCCAGUCUCUGAAGAAUUACCUCCAGUACCAAUGAGCAGGACCUGGCGCAUGCACACCCUCACGGACUCACUGGGAGCACCGGGCUGAGUUGCAGCUACUGUAGCGCCGCUGCCAGGCCGCCGCGGGCGAAGGUUUACACUGAGAGCCGUGGCUACCUGGUGGACACUCGGAGUCGACUCGUUUCCUUCCCGUUCCUCCGGUUUCUUUUUGAGAUUUUCCUGCUUUCUGUAUGAUUUCGUUAAAUUAUUGAUGGUAGAAAAGGAGUAGAAGGACCUCAGUCUGCUGGUGUUGGACUGUGAAGGAGGUCAAUGGGUCGCACCUUGGCGCUUGGGAAAGCAAACCAACCUUGGGAUGCCUUGGAGAGCUUUGGAGUGAUGCUCCAAUAUUCCAGAAGUUCCAGAAGUCUGGUAGCAGCAGCAGCAGCAGCUUGGAAGGCAAAGCUUUGGAAGGCUGCAGUCUGUAAGCUCUAGUUCUGGUUACACACAAAACUAUUGGGGUACUAUUGAUAAAACCGACUGCUUAUAGUUAGGGAUGCACUGAAUGAAAAUGUUCUUAGUUUUCCAAUUGGGAAUUGCAUUUACCAAAUACCAAACUCACAACUAAAAUAUAGGCCUUUCACUGUUACGAUAACUAUUUUUGUGUGUACAAUUUAUUGUUCCAGAUAUUAUUUUGCGAUAAUCAAUAUUAUUUCGCAUCUUAAGACCAUUUUAUUCUGCUGAAGUAAUGAUUAAAUAGCAAAAAAAAAAAAAAAAACACACAAUUGCAUAAUUCUUAAUAGAAACUUUUUUAAAAGAAAAUCAAGAGAUCCAAAUUCAAAUAUUAUUAUUAUUUUUGACAAUAUCCCCUAACAGUAAUUUUAUUAAAUAAAAUUAAAUUGCUGUUUUUAAAGAAAUCUGACCUUCUUUCAAUCCAUGCUAAUGUGCUCUUCUUGCUAAGAAAAUCAUAAUGGAUGAUCAUAAUGGUAAAAUCGAAUUAUUGUUUAAUUUAAUUUAUUGUUCGAUAAGUCGAUAAUGUAAUAAUUCUGACAGGUCUACUAAAAGGGGUAUCUUAUCACAACUUAGUGGUAUAAGCUAGCUAGCUGCUAGCUAGACUGCAACUACCUGAGUGCUAGCUUUUUUUUUUUUAAUAGUCAUAGGUCAACACUUCGUUUUUGGUUGAUAACAAACAAAAUUAAACAUUUGGCCCUUAUUUAGCCACAAAGUAACAAAAUAAAAAAAACAAAA